UCUACUCCGCUAGUGACUGAGUAAGAUCUUAAAAUGAAUGUGUGUGUUAUCAUCACAUAAUUGCCAAUAUGAAUAAUCGUACAGUUGCCUUUAUUAGUGCCAUUAGUGUGUUAUAAAACUUAAUAGAGGAUAAUCUUCUUCGUACCUGUAAUUAUUAUUUUUUAUUCGUAUAACGGCAACAGCGCCAGCACACGUUUAUCCAAUCUCACAUAUCAGUUGUUUGAGCUAAAAUUUUCACAGAAAUGCAUAUCCUACAUCGAACCAGCGAUCACCAGUUCGAGGACCAGAAAUUCAUGAUGGAACGCCUCACUAGUCAUGGCAUGGGAUUAUCAAGCAGUAGCCCGGCUUAUACUACACAUACGGGCGGCCACAGUGGGCGUGCUGGACCCUCUUCAGGGCACGGCAGUCAUGGCAGCACUCAUGGGUCCGCAGCAACAAUGCAUCACCAAUCACUCCAAUCAGACUUCCAACCGCCCUACUUUCCCCCACCAUUUCAUCAUUCAACUCAGAGUCCGCCACAGCAACAGGUACCUGCAUAUUUACAGAACCAUGGAGCUUUAGAGUAUUUGGGUACAGAUCCAUAUGGACAACCGUUAUCAUCGUUACACCACGCUCCGCUGCACCACUAUAAUCAACUAGCCGGUUUACGAUCAACUCAAGAUCAGCUUGGUAUACACCGAUCUCAUAGAGAAGCAGAACUGCAGGGUCAUGUGGCGCAGCUAUCCCAUGGUUUUCCAUAUACAGACAGACGAGCCGAUUAUAGUAGCACCAUAUCAGGAGGAGCAACACAUGGUGGUCGGCUUGCCCACGAACAUGAUCCUCUUGCCUUACAUCAAGCACUACAAAAUGCUGUCGAUGAUGUCCAAAAUCCCGGCAUGGAUGACAAUGUAGCGUUUAUGUCGGACCUACCUCUAAUUAAAAGCAUUAAAAGCGGGAAGGAACUUGGAAAUAUAGGUUCUGGUUCACCCAGUGAAGUAUUUUGCGCUGUACCAGGACGACUUAGCCUUCUUUCCAGCACGUCCAAAUAUAAAGUAACAAUCGCCGAAGUUCAACGAAGAUUAUCUCCACCAGAAUGUUUAAAUGCUUCGUUAUUGGGUGGAGUGCUACGCAGAGCUAAGAGCAAGAAUGGUGGACGUUUAUUAAGGGAAAAACUUGAAAAAAUCGGUUUAAAUUUACCAGCGGGCCGACGAAAGGCCGCUAAUGUCACACUGCUCACGUCUUUGGUAGAAGGAGAAGCUACACAUCUGGCAAAGGAUUUUCAUUUUGUCUGCGAAACUGAAUUCCCUGCUCGUCAGCUUGCAGAAUAUGUCAUAAGACAUCAAACUGAACCCCAAGAGUCUUACCGCAGGAAGGAGCUUCUCAUACAUUCGCAACAGAUAACGAAGGAACUGAUGCAAGUGCUUAGCCAAGAUCGCACAACCCAAUAUGGCACCAGAUCCCAACACUUGCUAGAGCCAUCAAUGCAGCGACACCUUACCCACUUUUCAUUGAUCACCCAUGGAUUUGGAUCGCCAGCAAUAAUGGCCGUUCUGCAUGCUUUUCAGACAUUUCUGAAUGAGUCGCUCAAUUAUCUAGAUAAAUUAUAUCCAUCAAAUAGUGGUGGUAUGGUGUCAUCUUCAUUGGACAAAAAUAAAAUCGACAGUGAUAAAAAAUGAUAGGCCGGGCUUGCUUUAUUUUAUUAAACAUAUGUAUGUACAAUAUAUGGAUGUAUAACGUUUUAAACGAUGUUAAUUAUAUAAGAUUUUGUUAAGUAAGUAAAAAUAUAAUAAAUACUAAA